AUGGAGAUGUCUGCGGUUGCGAGUAUGGAGAACUGUGUGGUUGAGAGUAUGGAGAAAUGUGAGGUUCAGAGUGUGGAGAAGUUUGAGUUACCUUCGAAUGAAAAUGAAUGGAAGGCAAUUGGAGCUGACUUUGAAAAGCGCUGGAAUUUUCCGAAUUGUCUUAGCGUUGUUGAUGGCAAGCAUAUUAAAAUAAAGCCGCCGCCUGGUUCUGGUUCAUAA